AGGGAGUAACCACGGGGGAGUAACGUUGCGGAAUAUCGACCCGGUACGGUUUAGCGCUUGCGCCCCCGGUCACAACCCUCCUGCCAUGACUCGAUGGUGGUGAUGGUGGUGGUGGUAGCCGUCUUGCCGGCGACGCGGCGCCCUACGCAACGUCGGUGCGAUCGGUGGUGCGACGUUGGACCAGUGCUUCUCACGAUUCCGUUCUUGCUCUGUUCGUCUCGUCGUUUCGUCUCGUCGUCUAACCUCGACAAGUCCUCGACGUCGUUCUCUUCAGUGGAGAAUAAGAAGGACGGACUAUAAAAAAAAAAGAGCACUUUCUUCGUUAAAAUUACAUCGAUUAUAAUCGUCAAAUUUAAGACGUAUAAAAAGAAGAAGAAGAUAAAUAAAGGAGAAUAGGAAGGAUAAUAAGAAAGUACGAGAAGGAAGAAGAUAGAAAAAAAAAAAAAAAAAAAAUUCGUGAAUCUUAAUUGUGUAAAUUCUGUAACUGUCGGGAAUAUUAUACGGGAGGAAGACAACCUGGCCUGGCCCGUGGGCAAAAUCGUCGUUUGUAACGGCCCCGUCGCUGUAAUAGCGGCCGUGUGUCACCAUCCUUUCACUGCCCCAUACACCGCGGCCUCAUGAUCGGUUCAUUCUGGAACCUUUGUCGUGCGUGUCCUUCGAUGCCGAUUGACAAGCAGCUCCAUUCGGAAUACAGGAGCACGUACACAUGGCACGAAUAUACAGGGCCGCAACAAGAGCAUACGAUUGUUCGUCGGGCGCCUCAACCACCACCGACGUCCACCAAACAGGCGAACGCAAAACUGCAGUCGGCGAAGUCAACCGAGGACGAAAACAGCGAAGGACCUACCUUAGAACCGCCAUUGCCAAGAAGAAAGAAAUGUCCCGAAUUGGCAUACAAGACUCACGAAUUUCUUCCGGCAGCGGAUGGCGGUGGCGUGGACGUUAUAGAUUCGAAUCUCGUAGCUGAUAAAGUUCAGGAAGUAACAAGCACGGUACCAACUAGUCAACUGAGUAAAGCGAUAUCUCGUAUCAGCACUGAAUACCGUUUACAAUUCGCAUGGCCUAGACGACCCCAAUUAACGAACGGCGAUGCAGGAGCACCGAUUAUAUCGACGGGAGCAUCCUUAGGUGCCGGUGGACCUCCACGAAAAUCUCUCAGCAUGGGAGCACUCAAACAGGGUAUCGUACCUUCUGGUCCCGCGCCAGUUCAUAAAAAAAGACCUGGAGAUGUGGAUCACAAACGGGACGGUGUCCAAGCAUCCGAAUUAGAACCAUUGGUAGGCGGGACAGGUACGGAUACUAUCGACGGAACGGUUCUAGAAGGUGACGAACGUGAAGAGGAUACGUCAGAUUUAAAGAUAGCGUUCAGGGGUAGAAAAUCAGGGGGUAAAACCGUAAGGAUAUCGGGAAGUGACGAUAAAGCGGCGAGCAAAUCGCAAGAGAAACCAUUCCCUACGGCUGAGGUGAUUGAACUAAGACGACUCGCUGACGAGUACAAGCAUCGUGACUGGGGUUGCGGUCUGACAGCCGAGGAUGAAGCUUCCCUGUGGAAACGAGUCUCCAGUAACCACGCUCUCAACGCUCUGUCUCUUGCCAGAUCGGUGACGAAGGAGGAAAAGAACAAAGAAAAUACGAGGAAAGUGACCCCGGUUAUAGCGAUGAUGACGAUGCCGCCAGCAGGUAGACCAUCCUCAGUUCAAGCAAGACCUAUUCAUGGUACACAGCAAGAUGAUUUGAAAUUGGAUACUGAAAAAACCGUAGCUCGCGCGAGAAAAGAUUUCUUGAUCCGUCAUCACCUGGAUCGUACUACUGGUGUAGGCGACGGUGCACUACUCCCCUCUCCAACGAGAGAGAAGUUGGAGCCCGUAAUACCACGACGACGCGAGGAAUCGAAAGAGCACCGAGACGAGAUUCAACCAAGAACGAAGUCAAGUCCGAAGAACAGUCCGCGUACUGGACGUUCCCAGAGUCUUGGACCUACCGUUACCGAACGUAGAUCACCGAAACGGCAACCUCCACGUGCACCAUCAGUGACAAAGGAUAUGAAGGAGAAAGAAAGAGAGAAGGAAUUUAAGGAUAAAGAUAGAGAUCAAAAGGAUAGAAGCGCUGAAAUCGAGAGACAACGACCAAUGACUGCGGAGCCUCAAUUGAAUGGCGAUGCAACGGGAGGUGAUUCGAGCGUGGCAUCAACUCCUCCAUCGCAAACUCGUGUUAUAUCAGCUGGUGCUGGUACUUGGAUCGAUGAUGAACCAGUCGUAAAGAGUCCACCAGAGCCAACGCGUGUAAAAUCGCCAGAACAAAUGAUUAUGCGCUCUCCUGAACCGGUUAACUGGACAGUGCCCCUCGAUACCGGGAAGACGUUUACCGUUACGCAAAACGUCAGAGAGGAGCCCCUAACGCGUCCUCAUAGUGAAGCAAAGACGUGGGCACCGUCCUGCGUACCAUCGGCACCGCAAUCGGCACCUCCGGAACUAGCGGCUCAGCACAAGUCGCAGCAUCAUUCUCAACAUUCUGGUUAUAAGUCGCCAGAAAGUGAGAGCGUUUCUCUUGGCAGUUUCGGUGGGAUUACCGAUCAAAAAGAGGACAUAGAUUCGGGACGUGCAAGUCCUUGUUCGUUGCCGACAAAGGUGGAAAAUGUGUCCGCUGGGGAAUCUGUGAUCACACCUGGUCAAGAUGAAAAGAAAUCAUACGAUGCUGGUGGGGAACAGGAUAAAGGAGAAGCAGUGAAAUCGAUAGGUAGUAGCAAUAUAAAAUGUCUCGAGGAUCCUAUGUUCGAAUUAGAACGUAAAAAGAUCGAGUCGGGUGCUCCUACGACAGCAACAACACCAACAACAACGGCGACGACGACGACAACGAAGCGGGCGUCGUAUUUAUGGUGUGAUCCGAACGCAGGUAGCGAAGGAAUUGCAGGAGGAGGUGGCGGUGGUGGUGGAGGUGGUAGUAAUGGAAGUGGAGAAACAGGAACGCCUAUCAGCAGCACCACAACCACCACCAGCGCCACGGGUGGUUAUCAUGUGUUAGAGGCACCGCCGGUUCAGGUGAUACCAGGUACGGCUCAUCGUUCUACGGCGACCGACGUCUUCGAAAAAGCACGAAACCGCUUCGAUAAAUUCUGGGGAAAGGGUAGUCCCGCUGAGAAUUAGAAUCCUACGAAAUAAACUAGUAGUUAUGACCGCGACAAUGAAUUCAAAGAGGAGGGGAAUACGUACGUGCAGAACGAGAGCAGAGUUGUUCAUGAGAAGCGAUCAAGGAGAGGGAGAGGGAGAAGGUGGGAGGAAGGAGUUUGUUUAUAAACUUCCAAUGGAGUUCCUGACAUCAGCAGCUAUCCCGUCGUUUCCUUCGUUCGUAAAACGUUAAACAAGUUCAAACGCGCGUACAUGCGAGCACGUACAAUUAUUUAAUCAUUUAAUUGGAAGCUAUUGUAAAUGGAAUAGAUAUAUCAGGUUUUUGUACGAGUGUUAGAAAGAAUUCAAGACUCCGGAGAAAUUACAUCUUUUAUUAGGAGAUAAGAGAAAUAAACGAAGAAAGAACGAACGAACGAACGAACGAACGAACAAAUGAAUAAACGAACGAACCAACCAACCAACCAUUAGGUAGAAUCCCGAUCUAAUGGUUAUUACUAUCGAAGAAGACAGAUAAAGAGAAGAAAGCGUGCGAGCGAAAGCAACGGCAGGAUCGCAGAUAUGGAUGCGUAUAAAGGCUUCGAGGAUUCCUUUCGGGAUUACGUUUUCGAAACGUUACAGUUCGCGUGUCUCAUAUUCGUUAGUGCGUUGUAUAACAUAGCCGUCACGUGUGGGUGACAACACCGAACAACAUCUUGUAUCGAGAUUCAUGUAAGUAGACGUUGAGUGUCUGAAGGAUAGGUAUCGAUGUCGUUAAAGUCUUGGAAGCUGCGUGCGAAUACAUAUAAGUUAUAAAUUGGAGUGAUAUUAAAUUCGUCGAUAAUAAUAUUCUCACAUAGAUAAAAAUCAAUGUCACAUUCGUGGUAACCGUAUGUAUGAUAUACGUUUGUUAUUUUACAUACAUACAUACAUCAGUAUUGAAUAUUUAAAGUAAAUGCAAAUACUUAUAUGUAAACGUACGAAACUUCCUUUACGUUAGAUUCAAGUAAUCAUGAAAGACCCAUCCAGUAAAAGUGCCGAGAGGCGUGCAAUUUCUUUUUUGUUUAUCUUUUUGUUUUCGGAGUGCUUGGUGAAUUUUAAUCAAGAAGAAAUAUAAAAGGAAGAAAAUAAAUAAAAACAAAAAAAGAGAUAAAGAAAGCACGUCGAAUCGACUAUUAAGAAAGACGCAAUGCAAGGCUUGUCAUGCACCACUCUUUUUAGAAGCAAAAAGAAAAAAAGGUACAUAGCCUUCAGCUACUUCAUGCGUUUUAUAUUUAUAAAAUCUAAAAACACAAAGGGAUACAUGUUGUAUAUGUAUGCGUAUGCACCGGUGCAUAUAUCUAAAGGUGUGUUGUUGUAUGUGUUCAAUACAUACAUACGUUUGAUAUACACAUGACUGCACAUUUAGAUAUACACUUGUGCAUAUGCCUACAAAUGUAUUGUUGAUGUGUAAAAUACAUAUGUUCGGUAUACGUAUGACACACGCAUAGAGGAUGCAUGCGCAUGCAAGCGCGUGCAUGUACACACACACACACACAUAUAUAAACAUACAGUACGUAUUAUACAAAACACA